CUACGUCAAAUCGGUGAUCGACACGUGCCAUGUUCCGUUGAAGAACAUCACACUUAUGAGCCAUAGUCUUGGCGCGCAUAUAAGUGAUUUCGCCGCGAAGAACCUCCAGAAAUUGGAUUACGGCAAAAUUCCGCUUCUCAUCGGUACCGAUCCCGCGGCUCCCAUAUUCGGUUUAAGAAAUUGCAAGAACAGAUUUUGUAAAAAAGAUGCCGAACGUGUAGUAGCUCUUCACACGUCGGCUCUCGGUUUACAAAAAUCUCUAGGUCAUCUCGAUUUGUGGUUUAAUAACGGAUUAAACCAACCAAAAUGUGGUGGUAACUAUGAUAUUUAA